CUCGUCUCUCUGCCUCUCUGCCUGCCUAUAAAAGGCCAGAACGUCUUCUCGCUCAUAAGAGGCGGCUCAUCUCUUGCAUCUGUCACACUGCACAAAAGCAAAACCACUCUUCAAGAGUAGCUAAAAGGACAAAUCGGCAAGAGGUUGUGUGAGAUUUGGUGCAAAUCGCAAGAUGGUUAAGCAAAAGAUUGUCCUCAAGUUAGCUCUGGACGACGAGAGGAAGAGGAGGAAGGCCUUCAAGGCCGCCGUUGGCAUGUCGGGCGUGACAUCCGCAACGAUGGAGGGGGACAAGAUCAUCAUCGUCGGGGACGGCGUCGACCCGAUCACGCUGACCACGAUGCUCCGGCGCAGCCUGGGCUACGCCGAGCUCCUCAGCGUGUCGUCCGGCGACGACAAGAAGAAGGACGGCUACGGCGCCGCCUACGGGUACGGCGGCGGCGAGAAGAAGGACGGCUACGGCGCGGCCUACGGGUACGGCGGGGGCGAGAAGAAGAAGGACGGCUACGGGUACGGCGGCGCCGACGGUGGCGGGAGCGGCAUGAGCUUCGGCGGCAAGGAGGGUGGCGGCUCCAAAGGUGGCGGCGGCGGCGGCGGAUACUCUCAGAACGCGGUUGCGCCGGUCACGUACCCCGCGUACCAGCAGUACAACGCCAUGCCGUCCUACCCGGUUUACUCCUACCCUGCUCCGGCUUAUCAGCAUCAAGAACAGGAUCCCGGCUGCAGCAUUAUGUAGUAGUGGCAUACUCUAGUUGUUAGUUAAGGGGAGAUGAUGCGUCGGAGAGAUCUGGAGAGUUGCGAGCGGUGUUCAGGCCAUGAUUUUGAUGGCCUGACCCAAAAGUUGGCUGAGAGGGCAGAGAGAUGCUGGCUCCCUGAGCACUGAGUAGUGCUCUACAUAUGUACAGUACAGGUUUGCUGGAUCAGCAAUGGUGGUUUGGAGCGUGGUAACAGAUUGUACAGGAGGAAUGAAUAAAAGGAAACUCAGGUGUUUGCAAGCA